CUAGCCACGUACUCCAGCUUUAGUAUGUGUAGGACACGACCUCCCCUCCCCUGCAGGCUCACCGGCACCGUGAGCCCACGAACUGCGGCUUCCGUCGCUGAGAGAGUACUCCCUCGCUGCCGUCGCCGCCGUCAAGUGAAAUGAGGGAGAAGAACCGGAGAAAGUGGGCACGUGUGCGGGAUCCAGGCUGGCCGUGGCCUAUGAUCCCUCGUCACCACUCCUUCCCUUGGUCCCCACCAUCGCGAAACUGAAAACGCACCACACCACCAGCCAGCCAGCCAGCCUUUCCUCUCCCUCUCUGGCCAUUGCCUCGCCAUCGCGUCGGACGGGACCGAGGAGGAGGCCUGCCGUGCCGUGCCGCGGGCGAUGGACCCGUGCCCGUUCGUGCGGGUGCUGGUCGGCAACCUGGCGCUGAAGAUGCCAGCAUCGGCGUCGCCGGCGACCCCGCGCGCGUCCGGCUCCGGCGUGCACCCGACCGCGGCGCGCUGCCACUGCCGCAUCCGCCUCAACAAGAUGCCCUACCAGACGGCGUCCGCGCCGCUGCUGCCGGCCACGGAGGACGGCCCGGCGUCGUGCACGGCCGCCUUCGCCGCCGCCUUCCACGUCUCCAAGGCCGACCUGGACCGGGCCGCCGCCAGGCCGGCCGCGGCGCUGCUCCUCGCCGCGCGCCGCCGCCGCACCGCGCGCCUCAAGGUGGCCGUGUACGCCGGCCGCGGCGGGGGCGUGAGCGCGUCCUGCGGCGGCGGCGGCGCCACGUCGGGUAGGCUGCUCGGCAAGGUCGUCCUCCCGCUCGACCUCAGGGCUGCCAUGGCCAAGCCCGUCGUAUUCCACAGCGGCUGGGUCGCCGUCGGCAGCCGCCGCGGCAAGGCGGCGGCGGCGGCCUCCUCCUCCGCGCGCGCGCAGCUCAGCAUCACCGUCCGCGCCGAGCCUGACCCCAGGUUCGUGUUCCAGUUCGACGGCGAGCCCGAGUGCAGCCCGCAGGUGCUCCAGGUGAAGGGCAGCAUGAAGCAGCCCAUGUUCACGUGCAGGUUCUCCUGCCGCAGCAGCAGCGACCUGCGCUCGCGGUCCGUGCAGUCUGAUCCGGGCGCGCGCAACUGGCUGGCGAAGCUGGGGUCGGAGCGCGAGCGCGCGGGGAAGGAGCGCAAGGGGUGGUCGGUGACGGUGCACGACCUGUCGGGGUCGCCGGUGGCGCUGGCGUCGAUGGUGACGCCGUUCGUGGCGUCCCCGGGUACGGACCACGUGAGCCGGUCCAGCCCGGGCGCCUGGCUCAUCCUGCGCCCCGCGGACGGGACCUGGGCGCCGUGGGGCCGCCUCGAGUGCUGGCGCGGGCGCGGCGACACCCUCGGCUACCGCUUCGAGCUGGUGCCCGGCCACGCCACGGGGGGCGCCGGCGUCUGCGUCGCCGAGGCCAGCGUCCCGGCCUCCCGCGGCGGGCGCUUCGCCAUCGACCUCACGGCGGCGGCGCAGCCGUUCUGGUGCAGCAGCAGCGGCGACAUGGGCCACGGCAUCUGGCCCUUCGGCGGCUUCGUGAUGUCGGCGGCGGUCCAGGGGGAAGGCCGCUGCAGCAGGCCCACCGUGGAGGUGGGCGUCGCGCACGUCGGGUGCGCCGAGGACGCCGCGGCCUUCGUCGCCCUCGCCGCCGCCGUCGACCUCAGCAUGGACGCGUGCCGCCUCUUCUCGUGCAAGCUGCGCAGGGAGCUGUCGACGGCGUCCCGCGCCGAGUUUCUCCGGUGACCGGGCUUCUAGGUGCUUUUUAGAGUCUAGAAGCGGUGGAACUCGGGUUUCUGUGCCUACUGCGGAAGGAUUCUCAAGCGUUCUCUGGACUCUGGUGGAGGAGAAAGAAACACCGCUGAUGUGAACCAUGUGAUGUCUUCGUGUUCUGCUCUUGUUUUGUUCCUUUUGCGUGGAGCGAAGGCUUCUGCCGGAGCUAGCUGCUAUAUGGAACGAAGAAGAGGCCGGCAUCCUAAUGUCCGUCCACCGUCCAUUUCCCGGCCCAGCGUCUCGUUCUCGACGACGAAGGGGGAGGGGGAGUCAGAAAAGGGUAUGGAGAGACGGGGUGGAGACCCACAAAGACAGAUCAAAAUUUACAAAAUAACCCUUUAUUAAUUCAUUUUUUUUCUAUU